UUAAGGAGGUUUUAUUUUUACCUUCUUAUAACACUGCUUUCACUUCGGUCCGUCAUACCAACUUGCCUGUAGUUGCAGAGGACUCUUCCCGCAGAGAAACGAAGCAGAAGCAGCAACAACCCACCACCACCACCAGAUUUGGAUUGUGGGUUGUUGAUUUGAUAAAUUGAAGAUUUUUUGUGAAGAAAAAAGGGGAUCUUGGUCUUUGAUUUCUGUGAUCAAUGGCAGCUCUUGUGCCUCCCCCAGGGGCACCCAGGCCCAAUAACAGUAACACCCCACCACCCCCUAAUUACAACCCUAACAAUGCUCAGAGAAACCCUGAUUCAUUAGCAGAUAAUAUGCAGAAUUUGAAUCUUAAUAGGCAGCCUAACAUGCCUAAUUCUGCCCCUAGACCAUCCCCUUUAGGCCAAGCACCACCUUUCCAUUCAUCAGCCCCUCCUGCUGGGGCUCCUGGUGCUCCGCCCCCGUUUUCUCGGCCUGGCCCUCCCCCCGCUGCACUUGCACGACCUGCAGGACCUCGAUCAGGACAACCACAACCAAUAUUACCCCCUGCCACCUCCCCAGUAAGACCCACUGGGCCGCCUGUUGGCCAGCCUUCAUCUUUUGUGUCUAGACCGCCUCCUGGGUCUUUGCCCCCUGUGGGUGGGUUAGCUCCUGCUUCUGGGCCACCUCCUAGUCCUUUCCAGACAUCAGGUUUACAGAGUGGUCCAGUUUCAACACCGCUACCAGCAUCAGGUCCUCGCUCAGGGCCUGGGUCUUUGCCGUUGGGUCAGAGCAUGCCCCUUUCGAGUGGACCAGGUAGAAUAAUGAGUAAUGGGCCACCAAUGUUUGCUUCCGGGGCUUUGCCAGGUGGGCCCCGUUUUCCUCCGCCUGGAAAUGCACCUCAACCACCCGUUGGACAUCCACCAGCAAUGGCAACAACAGCGGGUCCUCCUCGAACUCCAACCAUGCACUCUAUGCUGGGUGGCCCAGCAGUUGGUGCUCCUCAAGGUCCUACUGUUCAGCAGGCGCCACCAUUUUCGGCAGCGCCACCAUUUUCGGCAGCACCUCAGCCCAUGCGUCCACCUCCAGGUUCUCCCUAUGGCUCACAGCCAUGGCCAAUGCAACAAGGGCAGGUGGCUCCACCUUCACAAUUUCCUGGUUCUGCUCAACCACCUAGAAUGUUUGGAAUGCCGCCCCCGCCACUACCAAAUCAGUCCAUGACUACCAUCUCACCUGCUGUUGGUCAAACUGGAGCACCUUUGGCUGGAUCAUCAAAGAUCGAUCCCAAUCAAAUUCCUCGGCCUGUACCAAGUUCGUCGGUGCUCAUUCAUGAAACUCGUCAGAGCAAUCAGGCAAAUCCACCUCCGCCUGCUACAAGUGAUUAUAUUGUUAGAGACAAUGGGAAUUGCAGUCCUCGUUACAUGAGGUGCACCAUCAAUCAGAUACCAUGCACUGCUGAUCUUUUGACAACAUCAGGGAUGCCGUUAUCUUUGUUGGUUGAGCCUUUUGCCCUUCCUCAUCCAUCUGAGGAACCAAUCCAAGUUGUGGAUUUUGGUGAAAGUGGUCCUGUUCGAUGUUCUCGUUGCAAAGGCUACAUAAAUCCUUUCAUGAAGUUCAUUGACCAAGGCAGGCGAUUCAUCUGUAACUUGUGUGGAUUUACUGAUGAGACUCCCCGUGACUACCACUGCAAUCUGGGUCCAGAUGGUAGGCGCAGAGAUGCUGAUGAUAGGCCUGAACUAUGUAGAGGAACAGUUGAAUUUGUUGCUUCAAAAGAAUACAUGGUGCGUGAUCCUAUGCCAGCUGUGUACUUCUUCCUCAUCGAUGUAUCCAUGAAUGCCAUACAAACUGGUGCAACUGCUGCAGCUUGCAGUGCAAUCAAUCAAGUUAUUGCUGAUCUACCAGAAGGUCCUCGGACAAUGGUGGGAAUUGCGACUUUUGACUCCACAGUCCAUUUUUACAAUUUGAAACGCGCGCUGCAGCAGCCUUUGAUGCUUAUUGUUGCUGAUGUACAAGAUGUUUACACUCCUUUGGAGACUGAUGUAGUUGUUCAACUUUCCGAGUGCCGUCAACAUUUGGAGCAAUUGUUGGACAGUAUUCCGAACAUGUUUCAAAACAGUAAAAUUGCUGAAUCGGCCUUUGGUGCAGCAAUCAAGGCUGCUUUCUUGGCAAUAAAGAGUACUGGAGGGAAACUUUUGGUGUUUCAGUCAGUGUUGCCAUCAACUGGAAUUGGAGCCCUUUCUGCUAGAGAAGCUGAAGGAAGAGCUAAUAUAUCUUCAGCUGAGAAGGAGGCCCAUAAAUUACUCCAGCCAGCAGACAAAACUUUAAAAACUAUGGCAAUUGAGUUUGCUGAAUAUCAGGUUUGUGUUGACUUAUUUAUCACUACCCAGUCAUACAUAGACAUAGCUUCUAUCGCUGUCAUCCCAAGAACAACUGGAGGGCAGGUUUAUUAUUAUUAUCCCUUCUCAGCUGUCUCCGAUCCUGCAAAGCUCUACAAUGAUCUUAGAUGGAAUGUCACAAGGCCCCAGGGUUUUGAGGCGGUGAUGCGUGUAAGAUGCAGCCAGGGCAUUCAAGUUCAAGAGUACCAUGGAAGCUUUUGUAAACGUAUUCCUACGGAUGUUGACCUACCUGGGAUUGACUGUGACAAAACUAUUAUGGUGACCUUAAAACACGAUGAUAAGUUACAGGAUGGCUCAGAAUGUGCUUUCCAGUGUGCCCUUUUAUACACGACUGUGUAUGGCCAACGGAGAAUUCGAGUUACAACGUUGUCUCUGCCAUGCACAAGUAUGCUAAGUAAUCUGUUUCGUGCUGCUGACUUGGACACUCAAUUUGCAUGUUUCAUGAAGCAAGCGGCAAAUGAAAUUCCUUUAAGUGCCCUCUUGCGUGUACGGGAACAAGUGACAAAUCUGUGCAUCAGUAGUCUGCUUUCAUAUCGUAAAUUCUGUGCUACUGUAUCAUCUUCUGGACAGCUUAUUCUUCCAGAGGCACUGAAGCUCCUGCCUCUAUACACCCUCGCAUUAAUCAAAAGUACAGGGCUACGAACUGAAGGAAAAAUAGACGAACGGUCCUUCUGGAUCAACCAUGUUUCUUCCCUUUCUGUUCCUUUGGCAGUGCCACUGGUUUACCCCAGAAUGGUGGCCAUUCAUGACCUUGACUCGAAAAAGGAGGGUGACGAAUCUCCUAUUCCUCCGGUUAUUCCGCUUUCUAGCGAACACGUGAGUGAUGAAGGAAUUUAUCUUCUUGAGAAUGGUGAGGACUGUUUUAUAUUUGUGGGGAACUUGGUGGAUUCUAGCAUUUUGCAACAACUUUUUGGCAUCACCUCUGCUGAUGAACUUCCUACUCAGUAUGUGCUGCAGCAGUAUGAUAAUCCAUUAUCGAAGAAGCUGAAUGAAGUGGUAAAUGAAAUACGGCGACAGAGAUGUUCCUACCUUCGCUUAAAAUUGUGUAAGAAAGGAGAUCCAUCAGGAACAUUAUUUUUCUCUUAUAUGGUCGAAGACCAGAGCCCCAAUGGCCCCUCCUAUGUUGAGUUUCUCGUACAUGUCCACCGGCAAAUACAGAUAAAAAUGGCGUCAUGACUGCUUAUAGUUCGUCAGUUUGAAUUACAAGUUUUGAGCAACUUCUUGCUAGAGUACACAUGGAUUCAAAGGAUAGAAGAAAAAUUAGGUGCUUGCUAGCUGUACACAUGCACUCUGGGAACAUCCCACCGGUUAUAUUUAUGUGAAGAGUAAGCAGAGCUGAGUUUUGGUAUGAUAGAGGUUUGUUAAAUUGCCAUUGACAUUCUUAGUAGACAAUACUGCUAAUAAAUACAAAGCUUAUUAUUGUAUUUAAGUUGCUCCAACCCACUUCUUUUCUCCUCUCUGAUAUUUUGCUUUUCAUUUUAUUGAUGUACUAUGAGAACCAGACAUGUGAAAAAGAUUGUAAGAAUUGUUGGCUCUUCUGAUAAUCCUUGUAAGUUAUGGUGGGAGAAAGAGAAAUGUAUAAACAGGUUGGUUCUACAAA